UCGCUUCGCUUCAUUCCGUCGAUUCUGCUCCCUCCUGUGGUUCUGUCUUCUGCUGCUGCGCCGGUGCGGGGCCUCUCCAAAUUUUUCAUUGUGCUUGCUGCCGUUCGCCUACAAAAACCUCCAUGCUUCCAGUCAUUCUCAUAGGAAUUUUAGCCCUUCUAUGUGUCCAGCUUUUAGUGGUUUUAUUCCUGAUGACAUCUUACGGAUGUGCCCUAGUCGGGGUUUGCGAGAAGAAAACGGCAUGCGUAGAGCCAGGUACAAAGGUUCUUGUGGAGGUGUUCUACGAGUCGUACUGCCCCGACAGCAAACGAUUUGUUUUGGAGCAGCUGAAUUCAACGUACCCUGAGCUGUCCAGCAUCAUUGAGCUGGACCUGGUACCAUACGGGAAAGCAUCUAGAACGCUCUUGCCCAAUGGUUGGAGCGCGUUCGAAUGCCAGCAUGGCGAGCAGGAGUGUUACGGAAAUCUUCUGCAGUCCUGCGCUAUUCACUUCUAUCCAGACCCAAAACGUCAUCUUCCGUUCAUCGCGUGCAUGUUCAACUCUCGAUCACCAAACAGUGCCUACCUUCCUUGCCGGAGGAGCGCCGGUUUUGAAGAUGAUGUGCUGGACCAGUGCAACAGAGGCAAGCAGGGUAACGACCUCCAAGUACAAUAUGCCAAGCAGACAGAGAGCGUGAACAGUAGAAAACGCCUCGAAUUCGUACCUUGGAUCCGACUUAAUAAGCAUGAUAGGAUGUACGAAGCAUUCACCGAAUUUAAGAUGACUGUCUGCAAGGAGUACAGGAAAAUGCUCCAGGCAGCCUGUGAUAGUGAAAGCAGCAUUCAACAGUCUAUUCCAUCGGUUUGCCGGGGACUCGUCAACUGAAUUGCCCAAGCAACUUCAACCAGGACUGCCCACUGCAAUAGUGCAACACCUUCUCUUCUACCUACUGUUCAGGGCAACGACAUUUUUAACCACAGAGCAAGAAUUUUAUCGACGGAACAUUUUAAUGUGGCGCGGCAGAAGAUAAUGUCAGCCGUCCAUUUAGUCUUUUUUUUGUCCUAAUCUCCUUCGCGGUGAAAACUGCGAAGGUGAAAUUUGUUGCACAAUGUGGGCUGGUUUGAUAACCAUGCCAUAUUUCUAUUGCUGAAAAUCAAAACUAUUCACAAUGAAUUGCAUGUGUUUCUAUAUCUUCAUAUGAUUUCAAGAGAAAAUUUAGCUAUUCAUUUUUUUAACUUCUUCAAAAGCGCACAAAGGAGUGCUAAGCCACGCACUGUUUCCAUGGCUACGUGAUAACCAUGUGUUCCCAUUUACUUGCGCGGAAAGGUUUAGGAAAAUGGAUGUGAACAUCGUCGUGUUCCCUUAAAUCUGUUAUAACUACAACUAGGUAGCAGUACUAGGUGAUCUCUGAAUAUAUAUGCGCAGACCCGUAAUUUUCCACGCUUAACGACUUAAAGGUACUGCUAAGUGAAUGUACGCAUAGCCACAAAGUAAGGUCACUUUUUCACUGCUUAUGAUUGUGGUGAAUGAAUUCCGCGGUACAGUCACAUGCAGUGCGCGUGAAAAUACGUAAUUCACUGUCAUUCAAGUGAGUCAUAUGCAGUGUAAAUCGUGAUACGCAUUCUGCUGUUGUGAGGGAGUGUGCAAGCUGUCUUCGAUCAAACUGUGUUGUAUUGCCAUACUAAUUUUGCGAUCAAAUUUUUAGUUCCGUGACGUCGAGUGAACAUCAUAUUCCAUAAUAAAAUGAAGAAUGGGUACUGUACAUAGUAUACAUUUUUUUAUUUUUUAAACUCUAGUUCAGUAUAACGACUACGCGGAAUAAAACGAUUUGUGUAUACA